GCGGAGAUCCGGCCGGCCGUGGGCAGAGCGUGGUUUUUCUCCAGCUCCAGUGUGGGGUGUGCUGCCGAGAGCUGUAUCACUGCGGAUGUUGCUGCUGGCAUGGAGAGGAUCGAGGAACAAUUUGCCAAUCUACAUAUUGUUCGACGUUCCUCGGAACCGGAAGAGCCCACUUACCUGCUUGGUAUAGACACAUCGAAGGCUGUCCAAGCGGAACAAAGGAGCUUGGUUGCCGUUCUGUGUUCCAAUGGGUCGAUAAGAAUAUAUGAUAAAGAAACGCUAAAUGUACUGCGAGAAUUUAGUGGCGCUCCCGGACUUCUUAAUGGAGUCAGGUUUGGGAGUUCCUGUGACAGUGUCUAUUCUGCGUGUACAGAUGGCACUGUGAAAUGUUGGGAUGCCCGGUUAGCCAGUGAGAAGCCCAUGCAGCUGUUCAAAGGUUACCCUUCCAACGUUUUCAUCAGCUUUGAUGUCAGCUGCAACGAUCACGUCAUUUGUGCUGGUACAGAAAAAGUUGAUGAUGACGCAUUGUUGGUGUUCUGGGAUGCAAGGACCACAUCUCAGGAUUCGUCUACCAGAGACCCCCUUGGUGCCUAUUCAGAGACACACAGUGACGAUGUCACUCAGGUACGGUUCCAUCCCAGCAAUCCCAACAUGGUCGUCUCUGGUUCAACUGAUGGCCUGGUAAAUGUGUUUGAUAUCAGUGUCGAUAACGAAGAGGAUGCCUUGGUUGCCACCUGUAACUCCACUUCAUCAGUGAGCUGUAUUGGUUGGUCUGGAAGGGAUUAUAAACAGAUUUACUGCAUGACACACGAUGAAGGAUUUUGUUGGUGGGAUCUGAACCAUUUGGAUACAGAUGAGCCAAUUACAUGUUUGAACAUCCAGGAUGUGAGAGAAAUAACUGAUGGAAAGGAAGGUCUUUUGGACUACCUGAUCGGUGGCCUGUAUCAUGAAAAGAUGGACAGGUUGUUUGUUAUUGGAGGAACCAACACAGGAAGGAUUCACUUAAUGAGCUGCACCGUGUCAGGCCUGAGCCGGGUGACCAGCCUUCAGGGGGGACACGCAGCCACUGUUCGCUCUUUCUGUUGGGACGUUUCUGAGGACUCUCUGCUGACAGGGGGAGAAGACGCACAGUUGUUGCUCUGGAAGCCUGGAGCUAUGGAGAAGACCUUCACAAAGAAGGACACCUUGAAAAUAGCUUCCUCUGUGCAGCAGCGAGUCCGUGUCCACAGCAGCAGUUCUUACAAGAGACAGAAACAGCAGUGACGUCGCCGUGCUGGGUAUUUGCAGGCUCUUCCAGUUUCAGAUCAUUUUUGCUACCUGUAGCAAAUGUUUUUAAAGCUUAUCUGUAAAAACAGCAAUUAGCAAACAGUCCCAGACAAAUAUUGAGAAUGAUUUAGCGUGUGUCCUGACAUACUCUAUGAUGUUUUUAAAGCUUCCAGUUGAGUAUAAGAAUCAGUGAUUUGCCAGGGAAAUUACAAGCCAAGUUUUGAAACCCAUGUGUUGAGUUAGUCAAUGUUGGGUUUGAAGAAACCUCUCUGAAAUGGACUCUUAGAUAGGUGGGGAGACUAUGAAAUGGCUGCCUUGGGCUAUGUCUUUUAAGCUCAAACCUUUUACAUUUGAAAUUAUCUUCAUUGUUCAUCCAACAUCAGACUGUUGAGUAACUUGAGGAGCUUGUGCUUGCUCACGGCACCUAUUCCAUCAAUCAGAGUAUCGACUAAGCCUUCUAGUGAGUCCAAACAGAAUUUUAUUUUUUUAGGAAUGAAGGAUAGUAUUUUCCUAAAAUGAGAGAAAUAUAUUUAGUAAAUACUUGCAUUUGUACUUUAAUACACUCUAUUUACACUUGGGUAACUGACACCCAGGUGCUUUGCUGAUGAAAAAUUAUCUCACUAGAUUCAUUUUGAGACUUAGAGUAAGACAGAGAAAUGAAAAUAUAAUAGCAGGGCUAUUCUGUUUCAAAUUUCCUUUCAAUAUGUGAUUAAACUUUCUUAUUUCACCCAUGA